UUCAACAACUCCAUAUUUAUUUAUUUUAUUUAAAAUGUUUACUUUCCGCAUUAUAAACUCUAUAUUUUUACUUUCUAUAUUUCUUUCCUUGCACUGUUUCAUUGUCAUUCGAGGAGAUGAAACGACAACGACCAAGCAAGCUGAGAUAACAGGGUGCAAAAGCAUGAUCGACCUUAUAGCGGUGAUAGACGCUUCCGACAGCAUCAACGAUGAGGACUUCAAGAUGUUAAAAGACUCAAUGAAUACAUUUAUUGAGCAUAUUUACAUCAACUCUGCCCGUAUGGGUAUCGUCGUGUAUAGUUCACGGAUAUCGUUGGAGCUGUCUCUGACGGGAAAUAAGACUGGCCUACAGGAUCAGGUCCGCCGGCUACCACAUGACAAGGAGGGCACCAACACAGAUCUCGGUAUCCAGAGCAUGACAAAACUCUUUAAGAAAGAUGGGCGACCGGGGACUCCUAUGUUGGGAUUCGUAUUGACUGACGGAAGGUCAAAGGAUCCUAAUGCAACAGCAAACCGGGCACAAGAAGCCAAGGACUACGGUAUCAAUAUGUACGCCGUUGGUAUUGGAAGUAAGAUAGACGAUAACGAACUGAAUGAGAUCGCCAGUAAGAAUACUCAAGUGAAAAGAGUUGUAUCGUUUUCGUCAUUGGCGUCUGCUAUUGGAGAUCUUGUCAAACUUGUUUGCCCAACUACUACAACUACAACAACAACAACAACAACGACUACCACCACCACCACACCUGCCCCUACUACCACGACUACCACCCCUACUACCACUACCACGACUACGACACCCGCGCCUACCACAACCACACAGAAAGCUCCAGAACCGAGCACGCUUCCUCCAUCUAAAGGAGUGUGUGAUGACUGUACCAUCGUAAACGGUAUCGGCUACAAUAACCACCCAGAAGAUUGUGAUAAGUUCGUUCAGUGUUUCUUUGGGGAUAACGGCGAAGUCCGGGCCAUUGAUCGACAGUGUGGGUUCGGCCAGUACUGGGAUCAAACAGUCCUCACCUGUAGAGAGGCCGCUGAAGUUCCAUGUCGUCGAGAGAAAUGCCGAUACCCAUUCCUUCUGUCCUACCCAUACAGCGGAUUAAGCAGCUGCCGGGCCCACUGGAAGUGUAAUCUGGGUAAAUCUGAGGGAACGUGUUGUCCUAAGGGGUACUCAUACCAACCAUACUACGGCUGUAAAGUCGACUCGACCUGUACCGACUCCUGUCCACCAUUAUUUACCCACCAUACUGGAGGAUGUGAUACAAUGAUGGUGGUGGGCAAUCCUAAGGUCUAUAAACAGUUCGUGAAUGGUUUUGGCUGGAUGGAGCGCCCAUGUGCCCCCGGAACCCACUAUAACCCUUUGAUCUGUGGCUGUCAGAACUACGAGAGUCUUAUCCCUGGCAGAGAGUGUAAGCCAGUAGUGAACAUUCCAUUUGAGGGAGACCUUAAGAACCACGCCGACGGUAGUAUACACGUGGAAAAUGAAAAUGUAAAGCUGAUACCAAACAAUUACGCGUUCUUCAACGGAAGCUCCAAAUUGUACAUCCCCUUCUUCGCCAAUAUGGAGUUUUAUACUGAUUUUGUCGUCAUUAUGAAGUUCCUUCCUGUCAAGCCAGGUGUCCAGGCACUGCUGAGCAACAGCGACUGCUGUAGUAACGGAGCAACCAUCAAUAUUCUUAAAACCUCAAGAAAUGUUUACUUCCGGGCCAAAGCAGACGCAGAACAGUCGGCCUCAGUCCGUCUGGGAUUACUUCACGGUAACUGGAAUAAAAUCUACUUCAUCCACGACCAUUAUAGACUGGAGGCGAGAAGUAACGAGAGGAGGUCCGAGGCGGACGCCUUCGGACCUAUUAGGACGAGCUCAACUGGCAUAAGCAUUGGAUACAGUAAAGGUUUUGAUGGCUUUGUUGGUUUUAUGGACUAUGUGAAGAUCUAUAUGUGUCGUCCAGACACUGUCUAAUUCGGAUAUUUGUCAUCGUGAUUAUCAUUGAUGCUUUUGAAAAAUAUUUCUGGUCGGUAAAUUACUAAUUGAGGUAGCACGAGUUUUUCAAUGUUUACGGAAAUUAUUAUCUUGAUUCGAAGUCUUCCAAUACUAACCAGUAAAUAUAAAGCGUUAAAGUUAAAUAUGGAUAAAUGAACAUGUCUAAUACGUUGUCAUAUUUGCCAGACAUGUUUCAUGCUAAGAUGCAAUAUUCGUGUGAAAUUGCAUUCAAACUCAUAUGAAGCGAAAGCUGAUAUUAGAUUCUACUAAUCAUAUAAACCAUGCUGUAGUAAACGUGGAAAUGUUUUCUUAAUGCGGAGCAUAAAGCAUAGCCAUUAUGCUAGAUUUGUAACUUCUCAAAACGGUUAGAAGCUUUCCACUGCUUUUACUAAGUUAUAUCAAAAUUGAAACAGAUAUAUUUAUAGUGAAUGUGUUUAAAUGUUUCCAUUAAACAUUUUGUUUGGCUUAGUUAUAAGAUAACCUAUAUCAUUGUCUUUUUAUUGUAUAAUAUCCUUACUUAUUGAUAUAUAUAUAUAUAUGAUAUAUUUUUUUAAUGAAACAUGUUAUAUAAUAAUGUUUUCAGUUUGUGCAAUAAGAAUACGAUCACUGAUCUCCAUGCUAUGAUUUAAUGUGAAUGAGUGGGUAUAAUAUACAUAUACUACAACAUAGUGUUAUGUCUACGCUGUCGCGGCCCAAUGAGCAAUGUUUAUUUGUGUGAAUUACAUGCUGUGUGGAUGACUUUAUGUAAACAUGCUAGCUAACCAAAAGAGUAUUAUGUGUAAACUUUGUCUGGUCAGAUAUAAAUUUGUCCAUAUGUUUUGUAAAGUUCAAUUGACUUAACUAUUUAUUUCGAUAUAUUUUAUAAUUUAUAUUUUAAUACAUAUUCUCUAAUUAAAGUGUGAUAUUUUAAUGCAUUGCCUUGUUAGAACUUGUUUAUUUACCAAACAGAAAAACAAGGUACAAAGAAACAAAUGUACAACACAUUUUGCACCUGACUUGAACAACAUGUAUUGGCUUUCACCCUAGAUUGACAUGAUUUUAAUGUCUAAGGUAACACCAUAGGAUAUAGUCAAACAUCAGUCCGUUUAUUUUUCUAUUUAUUCAUUUUUUUUU